UUGACUCGUAAGGUUUGACGUUUUUCUCGUUCUCAAAUUGAUAAUAGGAUUGGAAAAGGCUUUUUCACAUCUUGAUGCCUUUAUUAGGCAAUAAUGAUUGCAAUUAUUGGAUCGGACUAAGAUAGUUUAGCUCUAAUAUCAACCUCUUCUUUGUUUACUUCUUGACCUUUUGGGCCUCUACACAUGUCCUAGUCCUACAAAAACCAAACAUGUUUCAAAAAUCAAAGGUGUUGACUGUUGCUUUUGCCAUCGAAAAAAGAAAACCCCUAGCAUUGCCAUUUCCUAUGCACCAAGAUACCUUUUACUGUACAUCAUGACUCAUAAACACUAUUUCGACUGGGAUGGGACUCUGGUGUGGGCGGUCGCAGGUGAGGCCUAUUUUGUUCGGGACGGGAUUUAUCCAGUUUCGUUCCAUUUUGGUGUUGGUUUACCUUCUGGUUGAGAGACCUCUUAGUGGCCCUCACGCGCGUAGAUCACACGGUGGAUUAUUCCACCUCGAGUUAUGCGUCACUUUGCAAGAGAUUGGAGAGCCAACCUUCACCUUCUUUUUCUCCUGCUUUCAUCAUUAGGCACCUGAUUUGACUUGACACUGGUGAGAAAGGGUAAAGGGGGGUAGUGGGCCUGCUGAGGAAAACAGAGAACUUGAGGAGACAGAGGUCACAGGGCGCCUUGCGAAAAGAGAGUGCAACAGAGAUAUUUUUCCAUUUUUGAUUGGUGGAUUAAACAUCGCGUUCUCCUUUCAUUGUGGUCCACUCAUUUAACCUACCUCAUCUAACAUCCCUGAUCCUGAUGCUUGCUUGGACGGUACCCAGUCUAGACCUGCAAAGUGAUCCACAGAAACCAUUAUCUCUGCUUUCUCUCUACGUCUUCCUCCCUUCUCUCAACUCGCCGGUGCGACCAGACAUCGGAGAACUGACAAGCACUCUGACGACUAUGAUUCGACUUAUUCUCCUCAACAUAACGUCGAGCAACUCGGUGACCAAUACAGUGUCGUUAGAUCUCUUCAGUGGCAAAUACCUGGUGUUCUGAAACACUUUUUGCAGAUUCCAACUGCAGCCACUGCAUCUACGAAACCGGAAAAUCUGAGCAGAGAAGGUGAAAUAACUGGUUUAUGAAUGUUUUUCCAUUAUAUUGAUUCGAUUGCCUCCCCUAAUCACCAGUUCUGUCGAUUCUUCCAUCUUUGUAGGCUUAAGUUGCAGUUGGAACAACAACGAUGAUGGUGGCCACGAGAAUCAGGUUGGGUGAGGUGUUGAAAUCCCGAAGCUACGCGUCUUGGAACUCCGCUGGUCUAUUUCUCUUUUUCAUUUAUUCUUGCCCAGAUCUGUGGGUUUCGGUGAGCAUUCAAUCUCUUCUUCUUUUAAUUUUUCUCUGCUCUGUGCACUGUGGUUCCAGUCUCUUUCCCCUUCUACUUGCAGAUCUGCCGGACUUAUCGAGUGUCCGCAUGAUCAUUGUUGUGAUGUCAUCGGUAGAGAGACUGAGACCAGAGACAUAGACAACACUUAUUCUCUUGCCUGCGAUGGUUCUGUACCUCUGUUUAUCUAUUUCUCCUCUCUCUACCCCUAUUAUCUAAACCAGUUUUUCUCUUUUCUAAUCCAUGUUAAUUGACUCUUUUGAUGGUGAUCCUAUGUUUUGGAGAGACCACGGUGUGAAUACGAUGAUUCGACGGAUCACCAUUUUGGAAUUAAGAAAAUUAUUACUCUGUAGAUUUUUCGGUUCGACUGACCACCGCUACACUGCUUUCUUCAUUUCUGAAGAAUCGAAUGUGCAGUAACCCAGCGGUGGCUCUCUUUCCCUUCUCUCUAUGGAGAGUAUAUUCUCUUUGUUGUCUUUAUAUUGAUUUGUUCUCCUUUUCAUCUCUUCUUUUGUGUCAGGUUGUGGAGUCGUUAGAGGAACCAAAGCCUAUGAUAGCAACCCACUAUGAGCGGAGUCUGAAGAGUUAAUCCCUCACUCUCCUCCUGUUUUCUAGCCCAAUUUUCUCCUUUUGAUGUGUGACUUUUGUUUCUUUUUAAGGCCGAGCCUGUGUUUAAAAGGUAGUUGAUUGUCCUGAACUUUUGAUUCGUCUAAGUGGCUAGCCAGACUGCAAAAGAUUUCUUUCACUUCAGACCGUUAAUAUCUUCUGCUCUAUGCAUAUAGCUCAUUUCUAUGGACAUUGAUUCUACCACUUUUGUGGGUUUCAUUUUAUUUCUAUAGUUCUAUAGUAACUGAUUCUUCCACUUUUGUCAUCUCAUGUUGCAGUUAGAUCAAUUAGAUUAAUGGUGGCACAGGAAAUCAAUGCCAAAGGGGUUAUGGCGAGCUUACCUGCUGCGAUGUGGCCUGGAAUACGGCCAGUGUGUUGUCUUUUGGCAAUAAUAUUGUUGAAUAUGAAGUUCCAAUGCGCUGUCGACCAGGAAUACACUAAAGGGUAUGGUUGAGUUUCAGUCUUGAUGCUUCGCCGAAUUUGAAUCGCCUUUAAUGGGUGUCAUUUAUCUCUCCAGCACUUUUCCAAUGUUCUUGAUUGAAUAUUUUACAGGUGGAGAUUGCAGCUAUUGUUCUGUGUUUUCGACUGAUGGAAUUAGUGGAAAGUGGAGACAAUGCUUUCAUGAAUGCAGCAUCCCUUCAUAACAAUGAAGAAUUACUUCACCGGGUUGUCUCAAUUGCUCCUUAUCUGUACAAGUUUUACUAUUUUAGUAUUAUCACUAACAAACUUUUCAAACUUUUUUUUGUUCUUUCACAUGCUCAUGGUUUACAACUUCUGCAGAUCUUGAAAUGGUUUUUUGUAGGAUGUUUUGCUUUGCUGAUUUUGGGCCACGAUUCUAUCUUUUCAGAGUUUCAGUUACCACAGGCAGGUCAUGAAGUAGAUGAUAAAUGAAAUCAUAUGUCGCGACAAAUGAAUCAACCUGUAGUUAUGGUUUUGCUGAACUUCUCUUACUAUAGCUAUGAAGCUUUUAUAUGAUAUCAUUAUUCUGUUCGAUUUCCUUAUCCUUUGUUAAUGCUUCCUUAUUUUCAUUUGCAGAUGGAAUGGAAGUUAAGCGCAAGUUGAGAGUAGAGGAAGGCCAUGUGAGAAGUCCAACCAAUAUCCAGUAGCCAUAAGAUUUUCAUCAAUACACCAUAAUGGAAGUUCUGCAUUUUUUCCAGCAGAACCCCAAGUUCUGAUGUGUAAUUUGAUGCAAAAAUCAUUGAUCAAUUAAGUACCUCUUAUUAAUCUCACGUCCCAGCGCGAAGCGCGGGCAAUGAAAACUAUUCUUAUUUAUUAGUUAAUAAGUAACACAAGAAAAACCACUUCAGAUUAAAGAUUAAAAACCACACCUAAGGUUAUUCCGGAUUAAUAUAUGAUAGGGUAUUUUGUUGUACAAUAGCAAUUCAAGCGUUUUAUAAUAAUAAAAUAGUAUUUUUAAAUAUAUUGUUAAAAAAUCGUGCCGACAUAAAUAUGUUAUCGUACCUCAAAAUACCAAAAUUACAUAGGAUAUCAAUGAGUUAAAUACUAACUAAUUGGACAUGAAUAACCAAGGCAAAAAGGCACAUAGAGUAAAAUUCACAACUUUACAAAUUAAUCUUAAAUUUAAGUCUAACGAAACGCAAUUGCAAAAUGCAGUUUGAACAUUUCAACCAAGCUCUUUUGGCUAAGAUAGGCUGGCGUAUUCUGAAUGAACCUCAAUCCCUUAUUACCCAGGUUUAUAAAGGCAAGUAUUUUCCUCAAGGGUCUUUCAUGACAGCGAUGGCUAGGUCUCGUUCCUCUUGGGGGUGGCAGAGUAUCCUUCAUGGUCGUCAGUUAUCAGAGAUGGGUUUGAGAUGGCAGGUUGGUAAUGGCCAAUCGGUCUCCCUCCUCCAUGCUAACUGGAUCCCUAGGUGCCAGCUAGAUCCCCCAUGCUAUAACCCGCGGAUCUUGCCUAGGGGGGGGGGGGGUGAUCCCUUGGUGACGGAGGUUAUUGGUGAGGGGGGAGGGAGGUGGUCUGAUGAGAAGCUCAGUAAAUGGUUUGAUCCGCCCACUUGUAAGGCUAUUAAAGCUAUUCCUCUUCCGUGUUAGGAUGUGCCUGAUAGGCUUAUCUGGCAUUUUACGGCCGACGGGGUUUUCUCGGUUAAAUCGGCUUACCAUUUGGCUGACGAUUUGGAUAGGAGGAGGGGUGGGUGGCGAUCCUCGGUUAGCUGGAUAGAUAAGCCAAGUUGGAUUAGAGUUUGGGAGGCGAAGAUCUCUCCGAAGUUGAAGGUUUUUGUUUGGCAAAUUCUUAAUCGGGCUCUGCCGACUACAGAGGCGCUUAUUGAGAAAAAGGUCCAGGUGCUCCCUCGGUGUCCAGUUUGUUGGGAGGCCCCGGAGAUAAUGUAACACCUGUUCCUUUAUUGUCCGGUUGCGCGGGCUCUCUGGGAUUAUUCUGGGCUGGAAUACUUGGGGGAGGGUUUACCUCGACAUACUUUUCCUUUGUUUCUCAAGUGUCUGUUGGCGUUGAUUCAUCAGCCGACAGUGGUUAUGGCUGUUGUUGCCGUCCUUUGGAGGAUCUGGAGAUCUCGAAAUUGGGUAGUCUUUGAAGGCAAAUAAUUUGGGAUCCCAGCACUCAUGCGCCAAUUUAACCAGCAGUUUGAGGAAUGGGUGGGCCUACCUGCGGACCAUGCGCCUAGGGUGCAAAUCCCGAUGAUGCAAUCGACCACACAAGUGGAUGAGUCCCAUUUGGUUUGCAUGUGGGACGAGGCUACUAAGGGUGGAUCACAUUCGGCUGGUGGGAUGGUUCUUUUUGACCCAACGCGGACACUCCUUCUGGCUAGAGGGGUCCAGUUUUCUCAAAUGGAUGAUCCUGUAGUGGUGGAGUUGCUUGUGCUCAGGGAAGCUAUUAUUUGGUGCGUGGAACAAGGCUUGUAGGAGGUCUGUUUUGAGGGCGAUGCGAAGGUGAUUAUUGAUAAAAUUAAUCAAGCCGACACAAGAGAUAGCCGGUUGGGUGCUAUUCUGGAAGAGAUUAGACAUUAUUUUCGUACUCAGCCUCGCUUUAGUGUGCGUUUUGUAGGUCGCGAGAACAAUAGGGUAUCUCAUUUGGUAGCUAGGAAAGCCCUCUCUUUGUAUCCGACUAUGAGUCGCUUCUUCGAUUUCCAGACCUGGCUGGUUUCCAGGGUGUAACUGUCUAUUUUUUCUAUCAAUACAUGAUAUCUUUUGAC